UUACUUGUGGCGUUUUUCGGCCCGUGCAGAGGAGGGGCUCCUGUCCUAAGCAGGUUGCGCUCUAUCUAGACAAGGGGCUCGGAUGAGUAGCGAGCAGACGCGUCCCAUACAAAGCUGUGCAGGAUGUGCUGCCGGCUGUAGCGCAUAACGCGGCCGAGGUGGCCUGGGGAUGACAGCGCAGUGCCUGCGUCGUUCUGUUUGGUAGCUCCAAGUGUUAGGCAGAACUCGUUGGACCUUGGCAGCGUGCUCAUAGGCUGUGGUAGUUAGGCACUGUCUGUGUGUGAAGAACAAGCUGAGCCAUCAGCUGAGCCCUGAUACAAUGCACACGAAGCCUGGUGGAAUGCUGCUAUGGCAGCUCAGAUGUCUGAUGCUCAUCGACGGUUCUUGCAGGUCCUGAUGUCACAUGGGAUAAUGGAAGGAUCAGAGGCUAGGAAGUUACACAGGUGCUGCUGUGAAAUCCAUAAAGUCUACUAUGCACAUGAUAAACUGGAUGAUUUUAUCGCUACAAUUAAUAUCCGGUUACAGCCUUUGUUUAUGCAGAUCCGGAAAGGAAUGUCUGAAGGUGAUGGGAGAGCCCAUUAUGCCUUAGUGAAUCUGGCAGAAACUGAAAUUACUAAAAUGGCAUCUGACUAUGCAGAAAAUGAAUUAGAAUUGUUUAGAAAAACUAUGGACCUAAUCAUUUUAUCAGAAAAUGGCUUUGCCUGUUCUACAGAUAUUUUAAACUUAGCUGACCAACUUAAGACAAAGAAAAUGAAGAAGAAGGAAGCAGAACAAGUGCUGAAAAUUUUUGUGGAGGAUAAGUGGCUCUCUGAGAGAAAUGGGGAAUAUACUCUGCAUACUCGCUGCAUAAUGGAGAUGGAACAAUACAUUCUCAGCAUCUACCAAGAUACAGCAAGAAAGUGUAACAUUUGUCAUAGCCUUGCCAUCCAGAGCCAAGUAUGUGAAACCUGUGGAAUUGCAAUGCAUUUACCUUGUGUUGCAAAGUACUUCAAAGCUCAAGCUGAACCACGAUGUCCUCAUUGUAACGAUUUCUGGCCUCAUGAGAUUCCAGAUAUGAGUCGGAUAGAGUCCCAGUCAUCAUCAAAAAGAGAUAGCAGAAAAGGACUUCAUUCUUAGCAUUAGACUAUGUUAAUAAAAAUUACUUUCAAUUAAUUUUUUUCCCCAUUUUGUGGUAGAAUAGCCAGACUAUAUUCAUUAGUAAUAGUACACUGUUAAGUGUACUUUUUUUUCUGAGGUUUUAAAAGGCUUACAAUAAAACAAUCAUUGAUCUCUUCUCCUACACAGUUAUGCCCAGACAACUUUCUUGGGGGUGGUUGUGUGUACACAAGUCUCCAUAUUCUUGGGUUGGGACUCUCAGUGCAUGUUUGGGAACAAAAACUGUAAAUGUUUUUGCUCAGUCUUGAAAGCUGAUCUAUGCCUGUGAACUAUUAAAACCUGUGUCAGCUACCA